AUGUCUUUCCAAGUAAAAACAGUGCCAACUAAACCAUAUCAAGACCAAAAGCCUGGUACUUCAGGUCUUCGUAAGAAGACUGUCGUCUUUAUGAAUGAGCCAAAUUACACCGAAAAUUUUAUUCAAUCUAUCAUGUCUGCUAUUCCGGAGGGCUCAAAAGGUGCUACCUUGGUUGUAGGUGGUGAUGGUCGUUACUAUAAUGAUGUUAUUUUAUAUAAGAUUGCCGCAAUUGGUGCUGCCAAUGGUAUCAAGAAAUUAGUAAUCGGUCAAAAUGGUCUUCUAUCCACACCUGCUGCUUCACAUAUCAUUAGAACAUACAAGGAAAAAUGCACAGGUGGUAUCAUAUUAACUGCUUCCCACAACCCUGGUGGACCAAAAAAUGAUAUGGGUAUCAAAUACAAUUUGUCUAAUGGUGGUCCUGCACCUGAGCCUGUCACAAACAAAAUUUGGGAGAUCUCUAAACAAUUGACUGAAUAUAAGAUAAUUGAAGACUUUCCCCAGUUGAAACUAGAUAAAAUCGUCGAAAACGCUCAAUAUGGUCCUUUAUUGAUCGAUGUUAUUGAUACAACUCAAGCCUAUGUCGAUUUCUUAAAGACUAUCUUUGAUUUCCCACUAAUAAAGAGCUUUAUUCACAAACAAAGAAAAGAAAAGAAUUGGAAAUUAUUAUUUGACAGUAUGAAUGGUGUCACUGGGCCAUAUGGUAAGGCCAUCUUUGUUGAUGAGUUCGGUUUGUCCGCAGAUGAAGUGUUGCAAAACUGGCAUCCGCAACCGGAUUUCGGUGGUAUGCAUCCAGAUCCAAACUUAACCUAUGCUAGGUCAUUAGUUGAUAGAGUUGAUAAAGAAAAUAUCGAAUUUGGCGCUGCCUCCGAUGGUGAUGGUGACAGAAAUAUGAUAUAUGGUGCUGGUCCUGCAUUCGUAUCUCCAGGUGAUUCUGUUGCCAUCAUCGCCGAAUAUGCUAGUGAAAUCCCAUAUUUCGCCAAACAUGGUAUAUACGGUCUAGCACGUUCUUUCCCGACUUCAAGUGCUAUUGAUCGUGUAGCAAAAGCCCAUGGUCUUAACUGUUAUGAAGUUCCAACUGGUUGGAAGUUCUUCUGCGCCUUGUUUGAAGCUAAGAAAUUAUCUAUCUGUGGUGAAGAAUCGUUUGGUACUGGUUCGAACCACGUAAGAGAGAAAGAUGGUGUUUGGGCUAUCAUUGCUUGGUUAAAUGUCCUUGCCAUUUACAAUAAACAUAACCCAGACAAAGAAGUGUCAAUUAAGAUCAUUCAAGAUGAAUUCUGGAACAAGUACGGUAGAGUCUUUUUCACUCGAUACGAUUAUGAACAUGUUACUACUGAAAAUGCUGCUAAAGUUAUCGAUCACUUGAGAAGCUAUAUCGAGAAGCCAGACCUUGUAAGUUCCAAAUUCCCAACUGCAUCAGAUUUAACCGUUGUUGGAGGUGGUGACUUCUCAUACACUGAUUUGGAUGGUUCUGUGUCAGAACAUCAAGGUUUGUAUGUUAAAUUAUCUAACGGUGCUAGAUUUGUUGUUAGACUGUCUGGUACUGGUUCUUCUGGUGCCACAAUUAGAUUAUAUUUGGAACAAUACACCGAUGACAAGACUAAAUACAGUUUAACCGCUGAGAAUUUCUUAAAACCCGUUAUGACACCAGUUAUUGAAUUCUUAAAAUUGAAAGAAUUCAUUGGCACUGAUGAACCAACUGUUCGUACAUAG